AGCACACAACACUCAACAUAAUCCUCAACAUUCUCUAUGGCACGAAAACAAACUUCCAAGAUCCUUUACAUCUAAAACUCAUUUCGUUGACUCAUGAUUGGCUCAACUUUGGCACCUCUAAAAGUCUAAUUUAUGAUUGGAUCCCAUAUUUACAAACCUUUUUCACUGGAAAAAUGUCAAUUGUGCCUAGCGUUUUAGCGAGCCGCGACGAAUGGGAAAGAGUUCUGGAAGAGUUAUUGGAGAAGGUUAAGCGAGAUGAAAAGAAGACUCCAUGUGUAGCGAGAGAUCUUUUGGUGAAGGUUAAAGAAGGAGUAAUUACAGAGUUGGAAAUUUCUCAUUUGGCUAUUAGUUUGAUAAUUGCAGGGACGGAAACCACAGCAUCUACUAUUACUUGGAUUAUUGCUGCAAUUGCAAAUGAUCCUGAAAUUCAACUUCGCGCACAAAGAGAACUUGAUUCGAUUGUGGGACAAUCAAUACUUCCAUCUCCUAAAGACAUGACUUCUCUUCCAUAUAUUCGUGCGAUGGUCAAAGAAGGUUUACGCUGGUCACCACCGAUACCAUUGGGAGUAGGACAUUCACUAGAGAAAGAUGACGAAUACAUGGGAUACUACAUCCCGAAAAACACAGUAGUGCUCCUUAACAUGUUUUCGAUGCAUUCCGAUCCAAUGCGAUACCCGAACCCGCAUAUCUUUAAUCCGGAUCGAUAUUUGGGUGUUACGGAGAGUGCAGCGACUUAUGCUCAAGGAAGUUCGGAAAAGCGGGAUCAGUUUGCAUUUGGUGCUGGCCGAAGACUUUGUAUUGGGAUCCAUUUGGCCGAAAUGGAACUUGAAAACUUGGUCGCAUCUAUACUAGCAGCUUUCAAAAUUGAAAUUCCUCGUUCAAACGACGAUGAGAAUUCACCCAAACUUAUAGAUGUAAACAGCUAUUCAUACAGUGGAGGUGCACGAUGGAUUGACUCAUAUCGU